AUGUUUCAGAAGUGCGCCGAUGCGUGCGGCGAUUGCUGCCAGCCUGCUGACCAGCAGCGCGCCCAUGCCACACUUCCCCCGCACGUGGUUCUGACUCAGAACUCCGACAGCCCGACCGUCCGUAUGGCCGCCGGGCCUACUUCACCAUCAGCUUUGCAACAGCUCCAUGCCACGCAGGAAUCUGUCAGAUCUGUCACCCUUGAAGAACGGGCUGACCGGUCUCGAACAGUCGCCCUCGCCGAACAGACCGACAGACAAUGGGUCGCCAUCACUGCCUACCAGCCUAUCGAUACAGUGACGAAGACCGUCGAGGUGCCGGUUGUCCGCACAGUGGAGACCUACGUCCCCAAGGUUGUUGUUGAGGAGAAGAUUGUCGAAGUGCCCAAAUACGUCCCGGAAUACGUUGAGAAGGUGGUUGAGGUACCUGAGGUCCAGUACGUCGACAAAAUCGUCGAAGUACCCGAGUACCAGUACGAGUACAAAUAUGUGCCCAAGGUCGAAACCAAGGAAAACAUCAUUCAGCGCCCGAAAUACGAAACCAAGUACAUCGAGAAGGUUGUUGAGGUCCCCCAGGUCAAGGAAGUCGUGCGCUACCAGGAAGUCGAGGAAGUCGAGGAAAUCAUUCGGUACGUGCCGAAGGACUCCGUUGUUCCGGAAGAAUGGAAGCGCAUCCAGGAGGAGCAAGAUAAGCGUGAGGCGGAGUUGAAGCAGAAGGAGGAGAAGGAAGAGGAAGAGCUGAAAGGACUCUUGGACGAGGAGCGCAAACUGCAUGAGGAGAGAAUGCAGCAGCAGAUUAAAAUCCAGCAGCAAAUCAUCCAGCAGCAACUGAGUGCCCGGGCCGAACAGGAACGGCUGCUCAAGCAGAAGUGCGAGUCUGAGGCCGUUCACUUCCCAGUGGUGGAGGGUGCCCCUCCACUCCCGGCGAUCCCCAAGGUCGAACAGGUCUUCAAGCCUAAAGUCAUCAAGCAGGUGGAGAUUCAAAAGCACGUGCCGAUCUCCGUUGACGUCCCUGUGCCUUACAUGGUGCCGAAGCCAGUGGUUGUGUCCGUUCAGGUGCCCGUGCUGAAGUUCCGGGACCACUUCGUGCCUGUUCCGGUUCGACGACGCGUCGUGCCUCGCAUCCGCUGGACAAACGAAGUGUAUGAGGUGGAGUGCAUCAAGGAAAAGCCUUUCCUCCAGGUGCAAGAUGUCAUCAAGCCUGUGCCUUGCGACGUCGAGAUCCGCGUCCACGAGUUUGUCGACAGAGCCGCCCCGAUCAACCCAGCAGAACUGUCUCAGGCAGAUAUCCACGCCAUGUGGAUGCGGGUCAACGCCGACCUGGCAGAGAAGCGCAAGCAGGAACUGGGCGACAAGUACCCGUAUGUCAAGCACCCGGCAGGCACGGUCUUCGGCGAGCCAGGAUGCAGCGCGGAAGAAGGCGAAGAGCAAAGCUCUGACGCCGAAGCUGAAGGCGGCGCACCGUCUGGAGCCGAACCGCUUGCACUCCACCCAGGUCACCCGCUCAACAUGACUUACCUCCAGAACGAAUGGAUCAAGAAGAGCACUGUGUCCACACACGAGAUGUACACUCCGGAGUGGUUCGAGGCGCAUCAGAAGGCCCUGUUCAACUUGACGAUGCAGCAUCCGACUCAGGUCCAGCUGAGCGCAGAACAGGCUGCCCAGCUUCAGCAGCAGGAGGCUCAGUUCGGUGACGCGCCGUGGGUGGAAGAGGCUCGUGCUGGAGCAACUGUGAAGGUACACGAGCCAGACGUACAAUCUGCACAGUGCUGCGCGAUUUGCGCGGUUUGUGGCGACGGUGGUGCGUGCCGAUGCCAGUGCUAA